AACACGCCAAAUCCAUUCAAAGUGCACGUAAUUUUUAAUUGAGUGUCAAGUUUAAAGAUGAACAAAAUGAAAAUAUUAGUUGUGCCUUUCCUGCAGUCAAUUCUACUAAUUGGUUCCCUGGAAGCGCAUUGUCCUGUAUACCUCACCGUUUCGCUGACUGGCAAGACCCUGCAGGACACCCUCCUGGAGAUCAAUUGGGGUCCCUACUGCUAUGGACCGCCCCAGUGGGUUGGCAUCUACGCCAAGGAUCCGACCACCUCCAACUUCCAACCCGAUUUCCGUAUCGAUGGGAUUGCCAAUAGGACGGGCAAGCUGAUAACGCCCAUCAAGCUGGGCAAACUGCAUUUCCCUGGUGGCUGGAAUCGGCAGGAUGCUAGCGAUCAACCUGCAACCCAGUAUCCCGCUGGCAAGUGCCUGCCACAUUUUGUGGCCAGCUACAAUGGCACUGAGCUGCUCACCGUGGAUUGCCUCAAGAUUCAGCCCAACUGGAUGGCCCAGAUCAAGGACGUCAAUCGGUUGCCGCUGAAGGACAUCUUUUUGCCGGGCACUCAUGCCUCGGGUGCCGUAUUUGGAAGCUCCAACAAGAGUAAUUCUAUUCUGGUCAGGGAUUAUCUGGUGGUCCAGCAAUUCGAUGUUUGGUCUCAGCUCGUGUUUGGCAUUCGCUAUCUGGAUUUCAGCAUUGGUUACAAGAACAUGAACACCGAAAAUGAAGCCGACAAUUUUUGGAUAGCCAACGAGAACAUGCUUAUCACUCCUCUGGUCGGAAUUCUGCGUGAUGUUUGUCUGUUUGUCAAGCGAUCUGGGGAGAUGAUAGUACUGGAUUUCAGCAGUUUUCCGAUCGGAUUCUACAAGCACCCGGAGAUCUAUAGUUCACUUUACCGCCUUCUUCGCCAGGAGCUGGGCUAUGAGGCCUACCGGCGCAAUGUCACCAAGGACGACCACUGUGCUAAUAGAAAUAUCCGGGAGAUACUGCAGCAGGAUAGGCAUAUAUUGAUACUGUUCCCCACCCAGGAAUUGCCCUAUCCAGCGAGUGAAUCAACUAUGCUCUGUCCACCGUGGCAACGAUUUAGCACCAGCUUUAUGAACAUUUCUCAGACCCUGGACUACAUGCAGCUGCUUUUCAGCAAGAAACCAGAUUCGCCGGUGCGCGACGAUGGUUGGAUAUUCACUGCUGUGAGGAGCAUGGAGCAGACCUUGAACACCCAGAAACUUGAGACGGCCAAGAAGCGGGCGGCGGUCCUCAAUCCCAAGGUCAAUCAGUGGCUGAAAGGUCCUUGGGGCAACAAUGCCAACGUCGUGGCCAUGGACUAUUUUAGCAAUACGAAUAUUGUGGAUCUGGCCAUACAGGUGAAUGCCCACAAGGCGUUUGUCAUGGCCAACAAGGAUUACAUUAAUUUAGAUAUUUUCAAUUUGUGUUGAAAAGUAUAAAAUUCGUAAUCCACAUUCCAAUAAAAGAUAUUUUUAAGAGCAA